UUUGCGCAUGCGCAACGCGCCAUUGAAGGAACUGGUGUGAGAAGUGAGUGAAGUGAGUCGGGAGUUGACACGAAAUCUAAGAAUUGACUCCGACUUGAUUCGUGCUCCAGUUUAGAGGAUGUAAAGCUACAGCUUGCGGGAUUUGCGUUUUACCUCGUGUUUCUGUGAACAGUUGGUGGAACUUUAAAGCAUAUUCCAGGAGGUACUCAGGGUCUGCACAGCCCCACCGCUGGCCCCGUCGGCACGGCAACUCGGGACGGACACAAGCAGGGUCCGCCUGCUAGCCGCUACACCAGCUAACUCCAGAUCUUCUUGUCUUCCCUCCUUUUCAAAAAAAAAUCACGACUCUGCCAUAAGUACAGCUGAAUAGUUUUUCAGUCAAUCCUGUAAAGAUUGUCUCUGUCCCGGCUUCCUGACGAUGGUGUGAAACGGUGUCAGCAACAAGUAUACCCUCUGAAAGUGCUGCAGAAACCCAGGUCAAGAUGUCCAUCACCAACACGCCAACCAGCAACGAUGCCUGCCUGAGCAUUGUGCACAGUCUGAUGUGCCACAGGCAGGGUGGUGAGAGCGAGACGUUUGCCAAGCGGGCCAUUGAGAGCCUGGUGAAAAAGCUGAAAGAGAAAAAAGACGAGCUUGACUCCCUCAUCACAGCUAUCACCACCAAUGGGGCCCAUCCCAGCAAGUGUGUGACCAUCCAGAGGACACUUGAUGGUCGAUUGCAGGUGGCAGGACGUAAAGGGUUCCCUCAUGUAAUCUACGCCCGUCUGUGGCGAUGGCCCGACCUGCAUAAGAAUGAACUGAAGCAUGUGAAAUACUGCCAGUUUGCCUUUGACCUUAAGUGUGACAGUGUAUGUGUCAACCCUUAUCACUAUGAGAGGGUGGUGUCUCCUGGCAUCGACUUAUCAGGACUGACCCUGACCAGCUCUGGACCCAGCUCGGCCCUGAUGGUUAAGGAUGAGUAUGAUUUUGAUGGACAGCAGACCCUGCCCACAAUUGAGGGAGGCCACACUCUCCAGACCAUCCAGCACCCCCCAUCCAGCAGCCGCCCCACCCCGUCUGAAUCAUUUGCAGCUCCAAACCUGCUCCCACCCACUGAGGCCUCCACCUCUGCCUCAACAUCGUCCUUCCCUGCUAUUGCUGCAGGAUCAGGCAGUGCCAGCUCCACCUGGUCCAGAAACAGCAGCUUCACCCCCAACAUACCCCACCACACCAACGGUCAUCUACAGCACCACCCUCCUAUGCCACAUCCGACACACUACUGGCCUGUGCAUAAUGAACUCGCCUUUCAGCCUCCUAUAUCCAAUCAUCCAGCUCCUGACUACUGGUGUUCCAUUGCUUAUUUUGAGAUGGACGUUCAAGUCGGGGAGACAUUUAAAGUGCCCUCUUCUUGCCCCAUUGUGACGGUGGACGGCUAUGUUGACCCCUCAGGAGGAGACAGGUUCUGCCUGGGCCAACUCAGUAACGUACAUCGCACUGAGGCUAUCGAAAGAGCAAGGCUUCACAUCGGUAAAGGGGUCCAGCUGGAGUGUAAAGGUGAAGGAGACGUGUGGGUGCGAUGCCUCAGCGACCAUGCAGUGUUUGUUCAGAGUUACUACUUGGACAGAGAGGCGGGUCGAGCCCCCGGAGACGCUGUUCACAAAAUCUACCCCAGUGCUUACAUCAAGGUGUUUGACCUUCGUCAGUGCCACAGGCAAAUGCAGCAGCAGGCGGCUACGGCUCAAGCAGCAGCAGCAGCACAAGCAGCAGCUGUGGCCGGAAACAUACCAGGACCUGGAUCAGUAGGAGGGAUAGCUCCAGCUAUUAGUCUGUCAGCAGCAGCUGGUAUCGGAGUAGACGACCUUCGAAGGCUGUGUAUUCUCAGGAUGAGCUUUGUUAAGGGCUGGGGGCCAGACUACCCCCGUCAGAGCAUCAAGGAGACCCCAUGCUGGAUCGAGAUCCACCUGCACAGAGCUCUGCAGUUACUGGACGAGGUUCUGCACACUAUGCCUAUAGCAGACCCACAACCUCUGGACUGAGACCUGCAUCGCUUUGCAGCAUGCAGAGGCAAUGGAAGGUCUUCCUCAGAGAACUGUUUGUAGUGGAGAGGACAGUGAAACUUUAACUGUUACACGUGAAAAAUACUUUCAGGUGUGUUUAAGGCACCUUUGUGCACUGCGGCCCCAACUUUUGCUUACGCGACUAAAAUGAGCCAAGGCCAUAUAUCAAAGAUGUUUGUGUAUAUUUUUGGUAGAUGGCUUUGAUUUGUGAUGAAUGGAAUGGUCAACAGGACAACAAGAAAAAGACAUCACAGAUAAUUGCAACGUGAAAAUAGAUGGCCUGCAGAUCACAUUAAACUGGAAUGUAAUCCAACACAACCACCAACUACUGACAGGCAUUAAGCUCGCUGAACAAUAGAAGAACAUCUAUGUGCUGUACCGCAAGUCUCGUAUCCAGUUUCUAGGCGCCAGAGUACUGCUGCUUUUCUCUUGUCAGUUUUCAUCCAAGCUGUUGCAGACUGCUUUACGCUUGGAAUCACAAACAUGUUCAGUCACCUCUUGAGCUGAAUAGAAAAGCAGCAGCACUCUGAACCUCGAUGCUCGCUUCCCAACUUGGUGCUUAUCGCUGCCUCUCAGCCACUGGACAAGGUUGGGGACCACCCAGUUGGAUCAGGUCAUCCUAGACAUUCUUAACCAACCACAAAUGUCACAGAGAACGAAAUGACAUGCAGCGUGUGUAAAGCCGACUCCCAUCCUCUCAAAAGAAACAUGUCUUGGGAUUUUUCUAGGUCAGGUAUUGUCAGACUACGGGUUUGUACUUUAAAAAGAUAGGUGCAGGUUUGUGCCUGGUGGGUGUCCAGUGACAAAUCUUUCCUGUCCUGCUUCUCUGAGAUGUGAAGCAAAGAGCGGAACACCUGUUUGAACAAUAAUGUACUCGUCACCACAUCAUAGCCUUACAUGCUCUUUUUGGAGGGGUUAAAACUUAGAAAGUUUACUUUUUCAUUGGUGAAACAAUAUAUGUGUCACUCACAAAAAGUUCCAACCAGAUGCUCAUUUAAGGGAUCAUCAUUAGAUGAUGCACCUUGGUCCCCUCCCGUCUGUUUCAGGUGUGGUUGCUGUACUGGGAAACACCCUCCUUUAUGCUGCCACUAUAGAUGGAUCUCAUACGCCUUCUGUCAACGUCUUGCCUUUUUUCACUUUUACGCUCAGAGCAAGAGAAGAAAACAGCUUGUAUGCUUUUGAUUCAAUGUGAUUGAAGUAAGAAAGCAGGAAAGAGGCAGACAGUUGAUUAUUGAUGUCUAAGAUUUAAUCACAGGGUCUAUCAGCGUUUUGGCAAACCAAAGUACUAAUAGCUCAGAAAUGUACUAUAAAUGAGUCUACGAGGGCGAGAAGUCCAGCCAGCUGCUGGACUUUUCUCUAAUUGAAUUUUAAAGGCAAUUAUGUUUAUUUGUAUUCUUUUCAGUUUUUCUGACUUUUAUCUGCAAGUAUACCAGGCACUAGUUGAGAAUCAAUGUAAUUAAAUACCUUAUGACUUGCAGCCCCCCUAUAUACGACUUGUUCCAGGUCUCUUGUGUGUAGUUUACUGACAAAGAGAAGAGAAUUGAAAAUGGUUCCCAGCAAUAUUGAUAUAUUAUCUUGGUUUUAUUUUUGUUAUUUUUAAUAAGUGAUUUGUAUGUUUUUAGCACUUUACUUUUUUCUCGAUUUAAUUCAAUAAACCAUUAUUUUGAGGUGAUUGUCUUGCAAUAUUAAUAAGGGAGUGAUUAGGCUGGUUUAUAGUUUAAAGUAGGAUAGCAACGACAACAUUGUGAUGCAUUUGUAUUAAAAACACGUGUAACACUAAGACACCUUUUUUUUUCAAACCUAUUUUUGCCCUUUCACCUUAUAGGCAUUUACACACCUCGUAGGAUUUCUUUUGACAGUCGGUUUCUUCUGGUUUGGAGGGUUUUUUUCUUUUUAAUCCAUGUAAAUAAAUUUUGUUUUUGAAAUGCAUGUCAAUGUUUGCAUGAAUUUUAAUGUCAGAGACUCCUAAAUCCCCACCCCUUUAACAUGGAGUACUUCACUUGCCCUGCAUUACACAGGGAAAUUAUCUGAAGAGAAUAGAAACCAGUACCUGCUGUAUACUGGUGUUUGUGUUGCUAGUUUAUGAGAACAGCAUUAAAGGCACAUAGAGGGAAUCUACGUACAUAAACGUAACUGAUGUAAAUGAUCCAAUUAUAUAAACUCAAAAUUUUAGCAGCAACGCUCCUACAGAAAGCACCUUACCUUCCAAGGUGUUAUUUGAGUUUAACAACUGCUUCAGUUUUUGUGUAGUCUCCCGUUGAAAGUAAAGUACAAGCACUCCCCGAAACAGAGGAGGACAAUUUUGAAAAAGAGAAACAAUUUGAUUCAAACACAAGUCUCUUCCUCUCUUCUGCAUGUGAUAUGUUUUGUUGCACUGUUUUUAAAGGCAUUUGUUGUAGGUUAUUUACUCAUUUUAAAAAGUCAUCAACCUGAGACUCACAACCAUCAGAUUGUUAGUUUUUUUCCCACUGUUCAUUCACCAUUCAGCAUGUUCUCUCUGAUCCUUUGUUAGCAUAGCUGUAUGAGAAGGACUUUUUUUCCACAGUGACUUUGAGUACGUCGUUUGUUACGGUUUUCGUCAAAAUUCAGGGCCUUUGCCACAAGGGUUUUUGCUAUCCAACAAAUCAGGCAAAACUAUAAGCAGUUGGUUGCUCUUAUUCUCAUCACACCUUUGAUUUGUUUGUUAUAAUUUGAAAAGUAUUGUUUCAAAACAGUCAGAUUUUUGGAUUUAAUCACUUAAUUAUGUACGAAACGGUAUAUUUUAUAAUGAUUACUGUCACUGAGAGAAUUUAUGCUGAAUUCUGUCUGGAGAAAAAAAAAGUCUGUUAUAUUCUGUUGUGCUUUAAGGUGGACAGAUGUUUUUCUAUUACUUGCAGUUAUUAUAGGAGCCAAAAGACAGCUCAGAUGAGUUGAUGUUGACUACUAUGACAGAUUGCAGAUAUUAAUUUUACCUGUAUUUCUUAUGUGAGAGUCUAUAAUUAAACAUGGCCUGAUAUUCUCUAA